AUGACGUUCAUCUCCCUCCGUACCCUGAGCGCUAUUGCUGCUACCACCCUUAUCGCUGGCGUUAUUGGCGACACGACGCUAGGUGGUGUGAAUAUGCAGGCUUGCUGCCAGGAGCAAUACUCCAACGGUUCAGAGCAAGCAAUCGCUGGCUCCGGCUGCGAUGAUUGGCAAUGCUACAAUCCAACCAAUGGAAACUGGGACGGGGGGAUUGAUAUCAGCCGAUGCUGCCAACAGACGUACUCCAAUGGCGGCGCCUAUUCCGGUUGUAGCGGCGGCGCCUACAACUGGCAGUGCUAUGCCCCAUGA